AUGACAGUGGAGAGCAUGCGUGCCAAACGUCGAACUACCUAUCAAAACAUGCACGAAAUCGUCAAGCUGGCCAAGAAAUACUCACCUAAGCUAGUAAAGGGCUACAGCGCAGGAAACAUAUCUGUGGUGGAUAAGAAAAGUUGGCUGGAAGUUUGUGAUCGUAAGCACCGGUACGGAGCAAAUUUGCGAGCAUACUAUAAGGAAUGGAAGCGCCAGCCAAUGGAACCUACAAAACCAAGUUUUUGGGAGUGGCUUGACGAUGAAUCGAUUGAAGUUGCAGGUGUACCGAGAACGAAGCUAGAACGAGAGACUGUGCUCUAUUGUGACACAGCUGCAGAGCGUCAGAAGUUUGCGCUUUCAGUGCAAGACGGCGUAGUUGUGCAUGAUGCUACACAAGAAAUUGUAGAAACAGGACCGGAUGGAUGGAUCUUUGUGCUGCAAGAUGGUGUUCUUUAUGGCUCUCAGAAGGAGACAAAGAAAAUUCCUCGAAUCCAUCAUACAAGCUUUGUCGGUGGAGAAUGUGUACAAACAGCAGGGAUGAUGAUAAUUACUAACGGGAUUAUUAAAUCUAUAUAUCCUCAUAGUGGUCAUUAUAGGCCAUCAGAGUAUGAGUUGCUGGUACUGCUGCGUUUUCUCGUGAAAAGUGGUGUAGAUAUGAGCGAUGUAGACGUCGACGUGCAGCGAAUCCAGAAGGUGUUUCGUAACUCGGUGAAUGGUGCUCUUAUAAAGAAGUUGGACAAUGCACAUUUCUGGAAUGCAUACCGAGUAUGGUAUUUCUUGGAAGAGAAACAUCUUGCGUGGAAAAUCGGCCUGUUUGACGAACUUGUAGAGAAGGUCGGUGAAAAGACACAGGUCCAUGUAGCGCUUGAGCGAUCCGAGAUUUUGGAGGAUAGCAUGAUGGACGUGAUAAAUGAAGAAGCCUCUACGAUUUCAUUCAACGAUAGCGAAUCACAUGCGCUAUCGCUCUUGCAACCCUGCGAGAUUUGA